CCGGUUUCCGGUCAGUUGAAAUUUUGAAAUUUAUGUUUUGACAGCAAGACGGGAUAUCGGUUUUACAGGUCUGUUAUCUAGGUGGGUGCUGAUAACUAUCCUGCCUCAGUGAAGUGUGUUUCCUCUCAGACAGAGAUGUCCAUGCUGUUUCCCUCGCUGUUUCCCCGGUUGACAGAGUCUCUGUGGUUCAACCUGGACCGGCCGUGUGUGGAUGAGACAGAGCUACACCAACAGGAGCAACAGCACCAGACCUGGUUACAAAGCAUCGCAGAGAAGGACAAUAACCUGAUGCCUAUUGGGAAGCCAAUCUUCGAGCAGACAUUUGACGAGGAGGAAGAGGAGGAGGAUGAGGAUGAGGAAGAUAGUGAAGAAGACUCUGAGGAUGAAGAGGACAUGCAGGACAUAGAUGAGAUGAACGACUACAACGAGUCACCGGAUGACGGCGAGGUCAACGAGGUGGACAUGGAGGGAGCAGACCAAGACCAAGACCAGUGGAUGAUCUAGACCAGAGUAAUCCUCGCUACUCUCUGAUUUCCCCUUAGUAGCUCUCCAGCAGGAUAGGUGCUCAUCUACUCUUCCUGACAGUGUGUCUUGGCUGGUGAACUUUCCCUGCGGUUCACACCCACCAUGGGAAACGACAGGGUGGUUUACUGCAUGGAGAAAGUGCGUGUUCUCUCAUUCAGUGUUCUACAGUUGCAAUGUGUGAAGACUGAACUGUAAAAGUUUCUUCAGAUAAGUGGUUUUGCAACAUUAGGAAAAAGAAAGCAGCCUUCACCUCAACCCCCCUCUGCUAGUUUGUCCUCCACAUCAGGUCGAGACAGUCAGACCCCUUGUUUAGACUACACACACACAUUUAACUCAAGGAUGUCUGAGUUCGAACUCACUCCCCUCUCUGGUACUCGUUAUUCUGUUGGAGUGUGUACUUUGACACCUCCCCCAGUCAUAUGUCACAUCUGAAUGGGUUCUCUUAAACCAGCUGAAUGUGCAUAAACCACAGCCUGUACACUGCACUUGGGUAAUCUGGUGUGUGUGUGUGUGUGUGGCCGUGUGUGGCUGUGUGUGUGUGUGUGUGGCCAACAGAAACCUGGAGAGUAAGAACACGUGCUAUAGAAUGUCAGUAUUCAACAAGUUGUAAAAAGGAACUUAACAGAUGCUCAGUUGUAUGAAAAGUAAAUCACUUCUUAAUUUGUCAAGUUUCUUAUGUAAAUAAAGAAAAACAAUGUGUACAGAGAA